UGCCAUACCUUGUGGCUUGUGGUGCCUAACUCUUGUUGCUAAUUCAAAUUCUGUUUUCAAAAAUAGUCCUACACUAUUUAAUUUCCUUAUAACGUUUUUAUCUUGCAUACCAGAAUUAUUUAUGGGUUUUGUCAGUGUUCCCUUUUCUGGUGUCAAGGUUUGGUAACAUGUCACUUUCUUAGAGGUCAAUUACACAUCAACCAAGUUGAGAUCUGGUCUAUAUUAACCUCUUUUGUGGUACAUCUCAAUGCCAAUCUUGUUACAAGUUUCAACUUUAUAGUUCUGAAGCUAUGGAAUUGUGUAAACCUGACUUGGAGGAGAGGAUGAAAGUGUUGGCAAUGAGUACAACAGAAGAAGAAGAAAUGGGUGACACUUUUGCAGAAAGAGCUGAAUCGUACUACCAAAAGAGACCUCAACUACUGUCCCUUCUGCAGGACUUGUAUAAUGGCUACAUAACCUUAUCUGAUCGUUACAUUCAAACCCUGGCCAAGCACAAGCAUCAUCAUAGUAGACACUCUUCUCAAGUCUCAACAGUAGAUGAAGGCUUCUCUGAUCAAGAAGAAGCUAGUGGUGUGAGCCACAUUGAUUCAGACAUUGAAAGCUCAAUCUCCUACCAACACCCUCCAUCCAUGAUGAUGCCUUUUGUCCCCCCUAGAACCUCCAUGCUUGAUGUCGACGCCAUUGUUGCCGAGCUUGUGAUUCAGAAUGUCGAGUAUGACGUGUUGAUGCAUGAGGUUGGUGUCAUGGAGAGGAGGUACUGUGAGUCCUCAAGGAAAAGUGAACUUCAAAAGAGUCUGCUUGAGGUGUUGGAGUCUGAGAGGAUUGUUUUGUUGAAUGAGAAUGCUAGCUUGAGUUAUAGAGUCAACACUUUGGUGGAAGAGAACAAAGAGCUGGCAUCUGAGUCAGUGUUCAUUAAGAGGAAGGCUGGUGAGCUAGCAAAGUGUGUGCUGAAGAUGAGGGAGGAUCAUAGAGUGUACAUGCUACACAGGAAAAUUGAAGAUCUUCAGGCACAGAUACAUGGUUUGGAGAAGAGGAACAAGGAGUACUAUGAGAAGCUUUUGAGGAGAGACGGUCAAGAAGAUGGUAACAAAGGGAAGAGUGGUGAGGGGAUUGCUUUGGAAGUGUGUGUUCAGAUGGACAAGUUUAGAAUGUUCAAGUGGAAAGAUGGAAGCUCUUCAGGGAAGAAAUUUGGUGGGAAGAAGGCCCCAAGUUUGUGGAAAAAGCUGAAGAACAUGGAUUUGUUAUUGUGUGGAACUAAUCCAACCUGUGCUUGAUGAUUCAUGGCUGGUAGAUUUUUGUGUCCACAAAAGUUUAAAAGUCACAUGUAUACUUUUUGGCACUUCAAAGGUAGCAAUAGGUUGGUUAUUAGGUUAAGAGUGUAUUUAGCUAUGAGUUAAGAAGAGUUUCAAAGAAAUUUUUUUAUUGAAAAUGUUCUUUAUUUUCAAUAGAGAAAUUUUUAAAUUACUCAUAAGCCAUGGUGUACAUUCCGACAUGAGGCCCUUAACAUAGAAAUGCACGAGAGCACCUCUAGCUAAUCCUUGACAAACUAAUUGUAGAUCAGUUAACAUCAUCCUGUAAAAGCUAGAGUGGGGCUGAACUUUGCCUCUACUAUUUUGGUUGCUGAAAUUCUACUAUGUUGUUGUAAUGUUAAGAGACUAUCUUAACAAAAGUAUGAUCCACCAUCAUUCACUAAUGUUGUAAUGAGUGAUAUGAUAGGCUAUAUUAGUUGAAGUUCAAGUACCAACUUAAUGCCCUUUUGUGUUGGUAUUUUCCACCUUAGUUGCUUCCAUGAACAACUAUUGUGUAUGAAAGGUGAUAUACGUGCACUUGCAA